AUGAAGUUCCAAAACUCCAUCGCCCUCUCGGCCCUCCUCGGCCUCGCCGCCGCCGAGGUGCCCCAGGAGCACUCCCACGAAAAGUACCUCCGCGCCGUCAACGCGCUCCUGAAGCAGGACAACCCCCUGAACAUCCAGGACGCCGUCUUCGGCCUCCUGGGCAACGCCGCCGCGGAGGCCGGCGCCGGCGACGUCACCAACCUCGACUGUCUGCACCAGGCCACCGCCGACUCGGCCUUCACCGCCGCCAAGGCGGCCAACGACGUCGACGGCAUGGCGAGCGCGCUCGUCUUCCGCGCUGUGGAGCGUAACACGGGCUCCGUCGGCCUGAAGAGCGUGCUGUGCGACGAGACGGCGCAGAACCCCGAGAUUGCUGCUCUUACCCAGCACCAGGACCCUGCUUCGGAGGGCGCUGCUGCGACGAACAAGGAGAUUACGCUGGAGCUGGCGAGGCAGCUUGCUGCUGUUGGGGCUGACCCCAUGCUGGCGCUUGACUCGGGCACUUUCGAGCCUGGUGACCCGAACGACAACACCGGUGCGGGCAACACUUGCGACGACGCCGAUGAUGCUGAGGGAUGCAUCUUCUCCCAGAACCUCCUCGUCCAAGAUGCCACCCCGGAGGAGAUCCAGGCUGCCGUUGACGGUGCCGACGGAGCUGCCAGCAACUCUACCGCUGUCACCAAACUCAGACUCCGCCGUGCGACUCUCCUGAACCGCCGUGGAAAGAAGAACCAAGACGCCGCUGCCGCCGCUGAUGCUUCUGCUAACGCCACCGCCGUUGCUGACAAGGUCCGCCGCGGCAACAAGAACAAGGACGCUGCCGCUGAUUCCGGAGCCGCUGCCAAUGCUACGGCUGUUGCUGAUAAGUUCCGCCGCGGCAACAAGAACAACGCCAACGCCAACGGCAAUGCUGCCGCUGCCAACGAGACUGCUGAUGCUGUCCAGUCUGCUGGAAACGGUGGCAAUGCGAACGCCAACGGUAACCAGAACAACAACGCCGACGACGCUGCUGAUGCCACAGGCAACGGAAAUGCCGACAACAACAACCAGAACGGUAACAACCAGAACCAGAACGGCAACAACCAGAACAACCAGAACGGCAACCAGAACAACAACGGAAACGCUAACAACGGAAACGCUGACAACGCCAACAACGGAGGCAAUGAUGCCACCGGAACCGACGUGCAGACCUUCACCGGCGACCUCGGCGGCCCCCCUCCCCCCGUCACCUCCGACGCCGCCUCCGACAAGCCCUUCUCCGUCAACGGCGCCACCUUCGUCAACGCCGGCGCCGCCCUCCAGCGCUCCUGCGCCGUGCAACACAACGCCUGCGCUGACGCCGCCAACUCGGGUUCCGAGGACAUCACCGUCGCCGACUGCGACGCGCAGGAGGACGACUGCCUGGCCGCCGCCUCCCUCAAGAAGCUCCGCCGCUCCUCCAGCGUCGGCUCCGAGGGCCGCAAGAUGCGCAUCGCCAGCAACGCCAUCAAGACGCGCCAGAACCUCGACUUUGGCGAGUGCCAGGACCCCAGCAUCGAGUUCGCCGCAGGCCUCGACGGGCGCAAGGAGGAGUCCUUCGGCCCCGCGGGUGACUCCGAGCACGGCUCGGCACAGAACAUCAACAUCAUCAGCAGCUUCAUCUGCGGGCAGCUGUCGUCGAGGUGCCAGGCUUCCGACGAUGCUGUGGCUGCUUGCGAGCAGGGACAGGCUGAUGCCCAGGGAUUGCAGGGCCAGGCGGCUGCUGAUGCCUUUAACACGGCUCUGGGCCUGUAG